ACUUUUGCGAGUAUAUACGUACGACGGUUAAAAGCAGAUCAUCAUGACUGGCCGCGGUAAGGGAGGAAAAGGAUUGGGAAAAGGAGGAGCAAAGAGACAUCGUAAAGUACUCCGUGAUAACAUUCAGGGAAUUACCAAGCCGGCAAUCCGUCGUCUGGCACGUCGUGGCGGAGUCAAACGUAUUUCCGGAUUGAUUUAUGAAGAAACACGUGGUGUACUGAAGGUGUUCUUAGAAAACGUUAUUCGUGACGCGGUUACCUAUACCGAACAUGCAAAAAGAAAGACUGUGACUGCCAUGGACGUCGUCUACGCCCUGAAACGCCAAGGAAGAACCUUGUACGGCUUCGGCGGUUAAACAUAGACAGUUUUUACUUGUAUACAAUCGGCCCUUUUCAGGGCCACCAAAAA